CUUUAAGCUGGUCAUCGAGAACUGAGCUUAAGCUUCCACCACGUGGUCCAAUCCCAUCUACCAUCUCCCUUUGUCUACGCCUCCAUCGAUGCACAAAACAACACAUGUGGAUGUCAUCAUUUCUUGUCGAUUCUCAAUUCGCUUCGCUUUCUCAGAUUCUCAAAUUCCUAUGAUAUAAGUGGAUUGAUAGAUACUUACUCUGAUCUGAUACUGUUGAUUUGGAAAGAUGGACAAGUACGAGGUUGUGAAGGAUCUGGGAACUGGAAACUUCGGUGUGGCUCGCCUUCUAAAGCACAAGGAGACUAAAGAGCUUGUUGCCAUGAAAUACAUCGAGAGAGGCCGAAAGAUAGAUGAGAACGUGGCUAGAGAGAUUAUCAAUCACAGAUCACUUAAGCAUCCUAAUAUCAUCCGCUUCAAGGAGGUGAUGCUGACACCUACUCAUCUUGCCAUUGUGAUGGAGUAUGCUUCUGGAGGAGAGCUCUUUGAUCGAAUCUGCACUGCUGGUAGAUUCAGUGAAGCUGAGGCUAGGUACUUCUUUCAACAGCUGAUUUGUGGCGUCGACUACUGCCACUCCUUGCAAAUAUGCCACAGAGAUCUGAAGCUUGAGAACACACUGCUUGAUGGGAGCCCUGCUCCGCUUUUGAAAAUCUGUGACUUUGGUUACUCUAAGUCAUCUAUACUACAUUCUAGGCCUAAAUCGACUGUUGGAACUCCAGCAUACAUAGCACCUGAAGUUCUUUCCCGGAGAGAAUAUGAUGGCAAGCAUGCGGAUGUGUGGUCAUGUGGAGUAACCCUUUAUGUGAUGCUGGUCGGAGCCUACCCAUUCGAGGACCCUAAUGAUCCAAAGAACUUCAGGAAAACAAUCCAACGUAUAAUGGCUAUACAAUACAAGAUCCCGGACUACGUUCACAUAUCUCAGGAAUGCAAACACCUUCUCUCUCGCAUAUUCGUCACUAACCCCGCCAAGAGAAUCACGCUUAAGGAGAUCAAGAAUCAUCCUUGGUACUUAAAGAAUUUGCCAAAGGAGCUGGUGGAGUCGGCUCAAGCGGUGUAUUAUAAGAGAGACAACACGAGCUAUUCUCUUCAAAGCAUAGAGGACAUAAUGAAGAUAGUUGGAGAAGCAAGGAAUCCAGCUUCAUCUUCUAGUGUUAGCAAAAGCUUGGGAUCAGGGACGGCGGAGGAAGAAGACGAAGAUGAUGAAGAGGACGUUGAAGCUGAAAUGGAAGAAGAUGAAGAAGAUGAAUACGAGAAGCAUGUCAAAGAGGUACAUUCGUCUUGUCAAGAGCCUGACAAAGCUCAAGAAGAAAGAAAAUGAUCUGUAAAUUCUUUCAAAGUCCAAAGGAGUAAACUUCUUAGUACAUGUUAUUUUCACUUUUUCGAUUUGAUGUCUGAACACGUUCUCGUUUCUUUAACUGUCUAGUGGUUCUGAACAUAACUCAAAAAAUGCUGUCGGAUCUUCAGAGAGUGGUCAGUGAUUAUGAAGCACAAGGGAUCAAAUAUUAGGAUGAUAAGAAAAAUGAUCUCUCUGUUAAGCA